ACCAUGUCUUACAACUGCUGCUCCGGAAAUUUCUCCUCUUACUCCCUGGGGAGUUCCCUGCGCUAUCCAGUCUCCUCCUGUGGCUCUUCCUAUCCCAGCAACUUGGUGUACAGUACAGGUCUCUGCUCUCCCAGCAACUACCAGCUGAGUUCUUCUUUCUACAGACGUGGUCAGGAGACCUGUUGUGAACCCAGAAGCUGCCAUACAUCUCGUGUGGUGUCCAGUCCCUGCCAGACAUCCUGCUAUCGCCCCAGCACCUCAACAUCCUGCAGUCCUUGCCAGACACCUUAUACUGGAUCCCUGGGCUUUGGCUCCAGCAGCAGCUGCUCCCUGGGCUACGGCUCUAGAAGCUGCUACUCUGAUGGCUGUGGAUCCAAUAGCUUCAGACCCCUGAGUUACGGAAUCCGUGAUUUCUCUUCCCUGGGCUGUGGAUCCAGAUUCUCUUACCCAAAUUAUCUGCCAUCUAGGACCUGCCAGUCUUCUUGUUACAGAUCAGCCUGUGGAUCUGGCUUCUACUAA